AUGGCCGACGAGACAAAAGACAGCACCUCCACUACCCUUGUGCUCCCACCCUUUCAGCCCUCGGCCGCUGAGGACAUCGGCCCUCGCCAUGCCGAGCUGCGCGCGAGCUUUCGCGCCGGCCGCACGAAGGACAUGGCUUUCCGCAUCCAGCAGCUGCGCAAGCUGUACUGGGCCGUCGUCGACCUGGAGCCCCUCCUGGUGCACGCGGCGUACAAGGACUUCCGCAAGGCGCCGCACGAGACGGUGCUGACCGAGACGUCGUGGAUCAAGAGCGAGUGCCUGGACAUGAUUGACAACAUGGAGGAGUGGUCCAGGGACCAGCCCGUGGUCGGCGUUCCGGCCAGCUUCUGGCCCAUGAAGCACCGCCAGCGCACCGAACCCCUCGGCACCGUCCUCGUCAUCGGCGCCUUCAACUACCCCUACCAGCUCACCCUGCUGCCAAUGGUGGGCGCCCUGGCCGCGGGCAACACCGUCCUCGUCAAGCCGUCCGAGUCGGCCCCCCACUCGGCCAUGGCCAUGCGCCAGGUGGUCGAGCGCCUGGACCGGUCGUGCUACGCCUGCGUCAACGGCGGCCUGCCCGUGUCCCAGGCCCUGCUGGACCUCGAGUGGGACAAGAUCGUCUUCACCGGCGGCAGGAGCGUCGGCCGCAUCGUCGCCCAGAAGGCGGCCGAGACCCUGACGCCGACCCUGCUCGAGCUGGGCGGCCGGAACCCGGCCUUCGUCGCCAAGGGCGCAAACGUCGAGCUCGCCGCCCGUCGCCUCCUUUGGGGCAAGUCCCUCAACGGCGGUCAGGUCUGCAUCUCCCACAACUACGCCCUCGUCGACCGCUCCCUCGUCGGCCCCUUCAUCGGCCAGCUCAACAGGCAGUACCGGUCCUUCAUGCCCCGCGGCGCCAAGAGCAGCCCGGACUUCUGCCGCAUCAUCAACAGGGCCGGCUUCGACCGCAUCAAGGCCAUGGUCGACAACUCGAACGGCAAGAUCGUCAUGGGCGGCGCCAUGGACGCCGACGACCUCUUCAUCGAACCCACCGUCGUGCUCACCGAAGAUAUCAACGACAGCAUGAUGACGGAGGAGAGCUUCGGUCCUGUCUGGUCCAUCGUGCCGUACGACAGCCUCGACGAUGCCAUCGAUCUUGCCAACAAGGUCGACUCUACGCCCCUUGCCCUGUUUGCCUUUGGCAACGACAAGGAUUGCCAGAAGAUUCUCAACUCAGUCACCUCGGGUGGAGCCACAGUCAACGACUCGUACAUGCACUCCUCAAUCCCCUGCGCGCCCUUUGGCGGCGUCGGCAAGUCCGGAAACGGCACCUACCACGGCUACUACUCCUUCAAGGCCUUCAGCCACCAGCGCACCAUUGCCAAGGUGCCCGCCUGGGCCGACGCCCUCCUCCGCGUUCGCUACAUGCCCUACUCGCCAAAGGAUCUGUCUCGCUACCAGUACAUGAACUCGAGGAGCAUCAACUUUGACCGCCAGGGCAACGUGGUCAAGGGCUUCCGGUACUGGGUGUCGCUCAUCCUGUGCCUGGGUGGUCAGGGGGUAAAGGGGACACUGGUCAGAUGGGUUGCUCUCUUAGCCAUCGGGCUAGCCGGACUGCGGUCUCGGCUGAUCCAACAAUAG